CUCCUCUGCCAGUGGUGAGGUUGGCCCAGCAGAGAAGUCAGCGGCGGUUUUAGAGGGUGAGUCGCACACAAGCUCUCCCGGCCGGCGGCGGCGUAUUGGAGGUGCGCCGCAGCAGCAACGGCAGCAUUGGCAGCAUCGGCAACAUGUCGAUAGCUUCGGGCCAUGGGCUUAGCAUAGAUGAGUGGUGUAGUCGUGGAGGCCACGGGGGGGGGAGGGACUCAAGCGGAAAAGGACGCCGCGGCGGCGAAAGCGUUGGCGGCUUCACAGGAAUGCCGAACCUUCUCCACGAGGAGGGCGACAAGGGCAUUCAAGAAGUGGAAGAGGAAGCGCGCCAUGGCGCAGGGAGGAGAGGAGAAGGAGGCCGACAAGACUGCGUCGUGA